AUGAGGGAGGAGAUGAGACGGCGUCUCAAUGUCGAUUCAAGCCCAUUUCGGUGGGACAGGGGAUGGGACGUGGGCCCAUCCUCGUGGUCUACUGGGCUAACAAAUGAGCACUUUGAUGGUGAAGUCGUUGGGCAGCAGGUGGAACCUGGUUCUGAUCGAGGUCAGACUAGUGGAGGUGGCUUGGGUCAGAAUCAGGGCGGGGUCUCGAUUAAGAAUUGGACUGGGAACUGGCAUUCCGAAGCUUGGUGGACGGACAUGGAAUUGGCGAAGGUUAAGGAGUUGGAGUCAGAGAACCACAGGGGAAAAGCUUUUGUGGAUGGUUGGGAUGAUAGAAUGAAAGAAAUGACUGAACUCAUGAAACAGGUAAAAUAA